CUCCACCCUUUUCCGGCGUCAGUUGUGGCAUCGCUUUCUCUCGCCCGCCUUCCUCUUCAACACCGCCCUCCUCCUUUGAUCCGGUAUUGCGUUCCUAUGGCGAGGACGGAAUCGCCGGCCACCUCCUCUUCCCCGUCCCACUCCUCCGACGAGGACGAGGAGGAACGCCGGAACCUCGUCCCACAGAACGACGCCAAGCCCCUCCCUCUGCGCCGAUCUCCCCCCUCCUCCAGUUUUGAGAUCGCCCCCGCCGUGCCUCCCCGCGUCGGCUUCCGGUUGUGGUCCAGCAGGCCCUACCUCCUCGCCUUCUCCCUACCCCUCAUUCUCGUUCUCCUUUUCUUCUCCCUUGGCCUUGGUCGCCUCUUCCAAGGCGUCUCUUUCGUACCGGUCGCCUCCUCCUCAUCAUCUGGUGGCGAUCUCAUGCGGGAGAGCGAGCUCCGCGCCCUCUACCUCCUCAAGAACCAGCAAACUGAGCUCUUUAGGCUUUGGAACCUCACACUCUCUCCCGGUGCCGCUCCUUCUCCGCCUCCUUUUUUGCCUCCGAAUUCAACAUCGGCGCCCAAUUCCACAUCCCCCGUUAAGGCGGAUCAGCCAAAGGCUCCAAUUUCCUCUCCCACUCUGGAUGAGUUCAGAUCUGCGCUCAUCAAGCAGAUCAAGCUGAAUAAGGAGAUCCAGAGCGCUCUUCUAUCUUCUCACCGGUUUGGAAACCUCUCCGCCGAGGCCUCCGAUGAGAAUGUGGGCACGGAUUUGGCUGGUCCUGGUGUCGGCCUGUGUAGGAAGGUGGAUAAAUCUGCGGAUAGAAGAACGAUAGAGUGGAAGCCGAAGAAAGACAGGUUUUUGUUCGCCAUCUGUUUGUCGGGCCAGAUGUCUAACCACUUGAUCUGCUUAGAGAAGCACAUGUUCUUUGCAGCGCUUCUCGACCGAGUGCUGGUGCUUCCGAGCGCGAAGGUCGAUUACCAGUAUGACCGCGUCUUGGAUAUCAACCACAUUAAUGAGUGCUUGGGAAGGAAGGUUGUGAUCUCUUUCGACGAGUUUGCUGAAAUGAAGAAGAAUAAGAUGAAGAUAGAUAGGUUUAUCUGCUACAUUGCUUCACCACCUUGCUUUCUGGACGAGGAUCAUACUAAAAGGUUGAGGAACACGGGGCUUUCUCUUGCUAAGGCUGAGGCUGCUUGGCCUGAGGAUGCCAAGUUGAAGACACAGAAAAAGAGGGUUGUUGGUGACAUAAUUCACAAAUUCUCAUCAAAUGACGAGGUGAUUGCCAUUGGAGAUAUGUUCUAUGCUGAUGUUGAGGAAGAAUGGGUGAUGCAGCCUGGUGGACCACUUGCACACAAAUGCAAGACAGUGAUUCAACCAAGUCGGCUCAUUUAUCUCACAGCACAGCGGUUUGUGCAGACUUUCUUAGGGAGCAACUUCAUUGCCCUCCACUUUCGGCGACAUGGAUUCUUGAAAUUUUGCAAUGAGAAGAAGGAAAGUUGCUUUUUCCCCAUUCCUCAAGCAGCAGAGUGCAUAUUGCGUGUUGCUGAGAAAGCCAAUGCUCCAGUUAUUUAUCUAUCUACCGAUGCAACUGAAAUUGAAACAAAUCUUCUCCAGUCCUUGGUUGUAUUAGGUGACAAGCAAAUUCCACUCUUCAAGAGGCCAAGUCAUAACAGUGCUGAAAAAUGGGAUGCUCUGUUAUACCGAAAUCGACUUGGGGGAGAUAGUCAGGUGGAAGCCAUGCUAGACAAGACAAUUUGUGCCAUGUCAUCUGUAUUCAUAGGUGCAUCAGGAUCAACAUUCACCGAAGAUAUCAUCAGACUCCGCAGGGCCUGGGAAUCUGAUUCCAAGUGCGAUGAGUACCUCUGCCAAGGUGAGCUUCCAAACUACAUUGCUGAAAACGAGUGAAGAAAGACCACCAGCUGCUUGUUGAAGAAGAACACCAUCGCCUGUAUUGCGCUGUGUUCACUGGUUGCCUCUGUAAAUUGAUGUAUAGAUCCAUUUGUAAAAGAGCGUUAGUAAUGAUCUCAAUUUGUUCAUUGGAAUGUGGUUGUAUGAUUAUAUUGGAGAAACAAGGCUUUCAGUCUUGUGAAGUUUUAAAGAGGGUAAUCAAGAAAAAUCUUUUGAGGAA